UGGUCACGAUAGUUAUUUUGCAUGUUCUGCUAUUGUAAUGGGAGGCGCUAUAUAUUGAAUUGCCAAAUCAGUGCCAGAUAUUGAUGUGUGAAUGACGCAGAGGAGUUGGGUGAUUGUUAUAGUUCUGUUAGGAACAGUAUUAUUACAUUUAUACUUGUUAGUGUUUUACAAGUAUAAGUGGAUUUUAUAUUUGAAAUGGAAAUUUGUUUUAGCUCCUCUAGAUAUAUGUCAUUUUCCAUUCAUAGGAACAUUUAUGUUUUUUUUGCAUUUUUAGCUUUUGCAAUUGAUUUUGUAACUUCUAUAUCUGGCUCACCUGAUUACUUCCUUCAAAAUAUAUUAAAAGGUAAUGGCUACUGGGUGGUGCCCCAGGAUGAGAAAAUGGGUGAAGGACACGUUCUACACGUUGAGAAUUCAUUUCCACAUGAAUCCACCACAGGUCACAGUUUUAUAGUACUGAAACGGGCAAUUGAAGAAACCAGCAGUAAUGGCCCAAAAGACAAAAUUACGGAGAAAAAUGAACUUAUGUCCAAAGCUGACAAUGGGAACAAAAUCGUCAGUUCUACAGUACCAUCAGUGCCUGUUGAACCUAGUAACAGUUCGGUUGUUUCAACCACUCCAGAACAAUCAACAGCAAAUAUGACAAACAUAACCUCAACUGCAACUUCUCCUGCAGACCCAGUGUUGCCAGACAAGGGUUCUGCUGAAGAUGAACACAACAGUUCGAUGUCUAUCUUCUUUGUGCUGUGUGUGUUGGCAUUAGGCAUCUUGCUCAUCCACUUCAUGCUGCAGAAAAACUUCCAAUAUUUGCCUGAAAGCAUUGCAAUUGUUUUUCUGGGUGGUCUUAUAGGUCUUAUACUUAAUCUCAUGUCAAAUCAGAAUAUUGCAAAUUGGAGGAAGGAAGAGGCGUUCUCUCCAACAGCUUUCUUCUUGGUGCUUUUACCACCAAUUAUUUUUGAGUCAGGUUAUAACCUGCAUAAGGGCAAUUUCUUCCAGAAUAUAGGUUCUAUCUUAGCAUUUGCCAUUCUGGGCACAACCAUCUCUGCUUUGGUCAUUGGUGCUGGUGUCUAUGUGUUAGGGUUGGCAAAAGUUGCAUAUCAGUUGAGCUUUGUGGAGAGUUUUGCAUUUGGGUCACUGAUAUCUGCUGUAGAUCCUGUUGCCACUGUUGCCAUAUUUCAUGCCAUGAAUGUUGAUCCUGUACUUAACAUGUUGGUGUUUGGUGAGAGCAUUUUAAAUGAUGCUGUUGCAAUUGUGCUGACUACUUCUAUUCUUGAGUCCAGUAGCCCAACAAUGACCUCAUCAGAGGCACUGAUUACAGGCUUUAACAGGUUUUGCCUCAUGUUUUUUGCAUCUGCUGGGAUUGGGGUUGUGUUUGCAUUGGUGAGUGCAUUGUUGUUAAAACAUAUGGACCUGAGAAAAAAUCCAUCACUGGAAUUUGGGAUGAUGCUGGUGUUCACGUAUGCACCAUAUGCUCUUGCUGAAGGCAUACAUUUGUCAGGAAUCAUGGCAAUUCUUUUCUGUGGCAUUGUCAUGUCGCAUUACACCCACUUCAACCUUUCCACAGUGACACAGAUUACUAUGCAGCAGACAAUGCGUACUCUGGCAUUUAUCGCAGAGACAUGUGUCUUUGCAUAUCUUGGCUUGGCAUUGUUCAGUUUCCAGCACCGUGUGGAGCCAGCACUGGUGGUAUGGAGCAUUGUGCUGUGUCUUAUUGGCCGGGCUUGCAAUAUCUUCCCACUUGCUAUUUUGUGUAACCGCUUCCGAGAACAUAAGAUCACCCACAAGAUGAUGUUCAUCAUGUGGUUCAGUGGUUUGCGAGGUGCUAUUGCCUAUGCACUGUCUCUUCACUUGCAGUUCAGUGAUGAAACACGACAUGUGAUUGUGACCACGACACUAAUCAUUGUGCUCUUCACAACUUUGGUAUUUGGUGGAUCUACCAUGCCUAUAAUGAAGCUGCUGCUGGCAAAUAAGGGAAGCAAUCAUCGGAGGAGACGAGAAAAGGAGAUAACCCUCAGCAAGACCAAAGAAUGGGGUCAAACAAUAGACUCAGAACAUUUGUCUGAGUAUACAGAGGAGGAGAUGGAGGUGAAUUUUAUCCAGUCCCAUAUCAAAGGUUUUGCAAAAUAUGACCUUAAGUACUUCAUCCCUUUCUUCACUAGGAGAUUCACGCAGCAGGAACUGAAGGAUUGUAAAAGCCAGAUGACGGACCUGACGAACCAGUGGUACCAGGCUAUCCGUGUCUCUCCAACAGAAACAGAUGAAGAGGCUACCACUUCACAGCCCUGAUGCUGCUGCUGUCUGAUGGCCUACUGGAGUAUUUGGUCUGUAACAUGAUGUGAUACUUGAAACAUGCUGUGCUAAUUGUUGUGUAUGUAUAUAUAUUGUUGCAUGUAUCAGAGAUUUAUUAGCAUUAUAUACCAGGCAGUAUUUGUGACAGAAAUGGGUGUAAAUAUAAACUUUUUAGUUCUUAUCACUUAAUAAUGUUAUAUUUUAGCGUCCUGUUGCACUGAUUUAUGUCCAUGAUUUAUUCCAGCCGUCUUACAGUGCAUACACUCAUCCACCUCACUCUUCACUCCUGCACUACAUGUUUCGGCACAAAGGUGCCAUCACUUGUUCACUGCCUUUGGUAUUGUGAAGGGUAGAGUCAGAGAAAGGGAGGAAGUUGGGGUAGUUGUGUUCUCCAAUCUUAGAUAAGAAACGAAGAUAAAGGCAACGUUUUUAUGUAUGAUCAUACCAUGUAGGCACAGGGGGGCUUGGAGAUAAAGCACCACACAUUUUGGACAGCACAAAAUGGAAGUUUGUGAUCAGCAUCACUCUUCAAACAUUUUAACCUUUAAAGGACUAAUGACAACUGAGUAAUGGCCAGUGGCCAAAUGAUGGUUACGGUUGUCAAGAAACAGGGCAUUUUGUAAUGCUGUCUGCAGCUUUUCAUAGGCUUACAAAUCCAAACAGAUGGCUUUCUUACCAGAAAUUAAGGUCUUCAUAACUCUCCAUAAAAAUUUCCUUUGAUUACAUUUUCUUCUUCUGCUUCUUUCUUUCUUUCUUUUGUGGGCAUCACAGUCCAUAAGAACCUUGGCCUCUUUUAUGACUGCUCUCCACUGGUCCUGAGCCUUUGACUUUAGUCUCCAAUUUCUAACACCCAUUGUCUUCAGAGCUUCUUCAACUGAAUCAAGCCACCUGAUAGCAGGUUUGCCUGCUCAUAGAAUACACUUUGAGUUAUGUAGAGUUAACUUCCUACAAGGGUUCUGCUCCUACAUUUUAAAAAGGUGUCUCUGCUGUCAGGAUCACUUUCACUGUAUCUGGUUCAUUAUAUAAUUUAUAAAGUUCUUAGUUAUACCUUUAUCUCCAUAUAUUAUUUUCCUUAAUUGGGCCAUAAAUUAUUCUUAAUAUCCUUUCAAAGAUUUGGAGCAUACUUUCAUCUUUCCUUUUUAGGGGCCACCUGUCACUUCCAUAGGCAAUAUUAGGCCUUACAGAUGUCUUAUAUAGAGCACAUUUUGUCUGUCUCCGUAAAUAUUCUGAACUUCCUUCGCUGCAUUACUGAGGUUUAUAAUUGCUUAUUUCAGUACACCUGUGGUUCUCUCCAGUAAAACUGUUAUUUUUAUGUGCUAGUAUCUAGAUUGUUUUAUUACUCACGUCUAUAUCCAAAUCUCUGCAUCUUUUAUAAUGCUAUGUUAAAUAAAAUACAAGACAGGGUAUCUCCCUGCCUUAGGCCCAUUGAUGUUCCAAAUGGUUGAUAGAUUAUUCUGCAUUUUAACUCCACAUAUUACAUGUUCGAAAGGUGCUCUUACCAAUCCAUUCAAUUUCUGAGGUAUUUUAAAUUCCUUCAUAGCCUUGAGUAAUUUAUCCCUGUUUAUGUCGUCAUAGGUGGCUUUGAAAUCUAUGAAAAGGUGAAAUGUGCUGACUCCAUAUUCCAGGGUUUUUUUUUUUCCAGAAUGUGCCUCUGAUUGUAUCUGACCUAUUGUUGAUUUACCUACUUAGAAGCCACAACUGAUUCUAACCAACUAUUUUCUUUAUAUACGGUUGUAGCUGUUCAUAUAGGAUACUGGAGAAUAUUUCAUAUUCCGUAUUUAGCAGUGUGGUACUACUAUAAUUGUUG